UUCCAUUUCCAUCAUCACUUGUUCGGUUUAUCUAGCACCUAAUAAGAAACAAAAGAAGGGAAAGGAAUUUAAAUUCUUUGUGAUUUUCCACAAGCUAAGAGUACUAGAAAUGGCCCCAACUGCUGCAGAAAUCAGUAACUACGAAGAGGAGGAGAUUGUCCGCCCCAUCGCGGACUUCUCUCCAAGUCUUUGGGGUGAUCAUUUCCAUUCAUUCUCCCUCAAUAAUCAGGUUGCAGAAAAGUAUGCUCAAGAGAUUGAAACUUUGAAGGAACAAACAAGGAGUAUGUUAAUGUCGGCUUCCGCAGGAAAAACAUUGGUUGAAAAGUUGAAUCUGAUUGACAUUGUUGAACGCCUUGGAAUUGCCUAUCACUUUGAGAAACAAAUAGAAGACAUGUUGGAUCAGAUUUACAAUGUUGAUCCUAACUUUAAGGGUCAUGAAUACAAUGACUUACGCAUUUUAUCCCUUCACUUUCGACUACUGAGACAACAUGGUUACAAUAUCUCCCCACAAAUUUUUAGCAGAUUCCAAGAUGCAAACGGCAAAUUCAAGGAAUCUCUUAGCGACAACAUCAAGGGUCUAUUGAAAUUAUACGAAGCUUCACAUGUAAGGACUCAUGGAGAGGAUAUUUUGGAAGAGGCACUUGCUUUUUCCACUGCUCAUCUUGAAUCUGCAGCUCCACAUUUGAAGUCACCUCUGAGUAAGCAAGUGACACAUGCCCUCGAGCAAUCUCUCCAUAAGAGCAUUCCAAGAGUUGAGACACGCUACUUCAUCUCCAUCUAUGAUGAGGAGGAAUUGAAGAAUGAUGUGUUGCUUCGAUUUGCCAAAUUGGAUUUCAAUUUACUGCAAAUGUUGCACAAGCAAGAACUCAGCGAAGUAUCAGGGUGGUGGAAAGAUUUGAAUUUUGUGACAACACUUCCAUAUGCUAGGGACAGAGCAGUCGAGUGCUACUUUUGGACGGUGGGAGUGUAUGCUGAACCUCAAUAUUCUGAAGCUCGUGUCAUGCUUGCUAAGACUAUAGCAAUGAUUUCGAUAGUAGAUGACACAUUUGAUGCUUAUGGCAUUGUCAAAGAACUUGAGGUCUACACCGAUGCCAUACAGAGGUGGGAUAUUAACCAAAUUGACCGGCUCCCAGAUUACAUGAAAAUCAGUUACAAAGCCCUUUUAGAUCUCUACAAUGAUUAUGAAUCGGAGUUGUCAAAGGAUGGCAGAUCCGAAGUUGUUCACUAUGCAAAAGAAAGAAUGAAAGAAAUUGUGAGAAACUAUUUUGUGGAAGCAAAAUGGUUCAUUGAAGGAUAUAUGCCGCCUGUUUCUGAAUAUCUUAACAACGCAUUAGCGACUAGCACUUAUUACCUGCUUACGACAACAUCCUACUUAGGCAUGAAGUGUGCUAACAAGGAAGAUUUUGAAUGGUUGGCCAAGAACCCUAAAAUUCUUGAAGCCAAUGUGACCUUAUGUCGAGUCAUUGAUGACAUAGCCACCUAUGAGGUUGAAAAGGGUAGAGGUCAGAUUGCAACUGGAAUUGAGUGUUACAUGAGAGAUUAUGACGUAUCAACAGAAAAGGCAAUGGAAAAAUUUCAAGAAAUGGCUGAGAUAGCAUGGAAGGAUGUAAAUGAAGGAAUCCUUCGACCAACUCCUGUCUCUACAAAGAUUCUCACUCGUAUUCUCAAUCUUGCUCGCAUUAUUGAUGUCACUUAUAAGCACAAUCAAGAUGGAUACACUCAUCCUGAAAAAGUACUAAAACCUCACAUUAUCGCCUUGUUGGUGGACUCUAUUGAAAUAUAACUCUCCAAUUGUUGAGUACAUAUUGGAGCACUUGGUUCCCGGUCCCUCAAAUAAGUAUUCGAUCAACAUUUGAUGGAUGCCUUGUUGGUAUCUUUGUUGCUAGCUAGAGUAGGUAGGAGUUGUUGGUGAUACAUGUUGUUAUCGUGCAGUGAAGUUACCUGCUUAAAUUUUUUUUGUAUCAUUAUUGACAUUUGAAAUAUAAACACUUCUUUUAAA